ACAUAAACGUCGGUUUGUUAAAAAAAAGUCAACAUCAACAAACACAAAAAAUAACAAUCCUCAUUUUUUCACAAAGUGUUUUCAGCAUAUAAUUAUUCAUCAUUAUUAAGAUGUUGGAAGAAGGAGAAGUGUUUUCAGAUUUAGCAAAUUUACCAGCAGAUCCUCCUCCGAUGCGAAAUAUUUGCGACAAAUGCGAGAGACCAUCUACUGUAUGCUGGUGCAGUGCCUUACCGAAUCCUCCAUUAUGUCCGAAACACAAAAUUAUCAUCCUUCAACAUCCUGCUGAAGAAAAACGAUCCUUACGUACUGCACCAAUGUUGAAGUUGGGAUUAAAAAAGGAAAGUUGCGUUAUAUAUAAAGGAAAACGUUUUCCAGGCCAGAAUCAAGAUCUGGAAAAUUUAUUGUUACAACCAAAUACUUUAUUAUUGUGGCCAAGUCAAGAAUCUGUGGAUUUAACAGAAAUAGCAAAUGAUAAGAGCUUUUCAUCACUUAAUUUGGUUCUUUUAGAUGGUACUUGGCCCCAGGCAAAAACAAUGUAUUCAGGAAAUAAAAUAUUGCAUAAAUUAAAACAGACUAAACUGUUGGUCAAAAGAAAUAGUAAUUAUAUCAUAAGAACACAGCCUACAGAUGGUUGUUUAAGUACCUUAGAAACAGCUGCUGAAGCUUUGAGUAUAUUAGAAAAGAAUAGUAUUUACAAAGAAAAACUUAUAAAUCCUCUCAAAUCUUUGUGUACUUAUCAGCUUCAGAAUGGUGCAGUAUCCCAUGAAAGCAAGGAAUUUAGGAUCAAGAAUAAAACAUAUCCAAAACUGGUUGGUAAAAGAUUAAAUAAGGUUUUGAGAAGUGCAGAAAAAUUUCACCCAAUAUAGCAGCUCUUCGAGUUAUUUAUUGGAAAAAAGAUUUAAUUCAGCCAUCUGAAGAAUUUGUGGAAUGAAAGCCAAUGCUUUCAAGAAGAAUCAUUGUUUACAAAACUCAUAUGAUUGUGAACAUUCAAAUUUUCAAAAAAAUUUAAUUUGAAAAAAAAAUUACUUUUAAAAACCUAAUCUUUGCUAUAUUAUAGAAUGUUUUGUGGAGGAGUAAAUAAUUUACUUAU